AAAUUAUCUCUACGACCAUCCUUAUCACCGAAAUAUUUCUCGAUUCCGAUAUCGCCGAGCUAAGGGAAAGACUGAGACAAUUCAUCGCACGCCAAAAGGAAUGUCACCAAAUUAAUAUUCGCAGGUCGGGACGUAAAAGGUUUAGGGUCAAGAAAAGAGGCAUAAAGAAUACGCAAAUCCCGAUCAUGGUGGUCAUGGUGGUCGCUCUGGUGGUUUUAUCCGUGGAUGUGCUCGUGUCGAACGAUAUUAACCGACGAUGUUCGGGAAUGUUUGCGAAAUCGGCAAUUCCUGGAGGUUCUGAUCCAAAAAUUACCGUCCUAUACUCGAAGAAUUCGCACUCAAAUACGGCCGUUAUUGUGUACGAAUGGGCCGACGACAGCAAUUUCGGGGCUGAUUAUAAUGGAGAAAAAGAGUACAUCUGCACCGAUGAAAAUAUAUCAAGAAAAUUAUGUCCCGAAUCUCAGCGCGGACAGUUUAUCGUGUUAAAGAAUCAUACAAGCAUUUUCACCACGACAUUUCAAACCUCCAACAAAGAUCAGAGUAUCUCAUAUGAUGUCAAUAAGACUGGCUACUAUUGUGUCGCUGCUCUCUCGGUGCCGGUCAAUAUUUUCGACGAAACUUUCCUUGUGACUGUCGAUUGGCGUAAUCCAUAUGGCGAACUGCCGGCCGCAGAUUAUCCCAAGUUACCAUUUUACGGACUUUUGUCAUUGACCUACUUGGUUAUCGGAGUUUGGUGGAUGUCACUAAGCAUUUUGCACUGGCGUGACAUCUUACAAGUGCAGAAUUACAUCUCGGCGGUAAUUCUAUUUCUGAUGUUGGAAAUGGCCUUCAACUGGGGAUACUGGGAAAAUUAUAAUACUUACGGUUACUCAUCAAAAUUUUUACUCGGGUUGGUCGCGGUCUUGAAUGCCGGAAGAAAUUCGAUCUCUUUCUUCAUGCUAUUAAUUGUUUGCAUGGGUUACGGCGUGGUCAAGCCUACCCUCGGCAAUACCAUGAAUAAGUGCCGUGCCUUAGCCACGGCGCAUUUCAUCUUUGGUGUCAUUUACGCGGCGGGGACGAUGCUAAUUGAUCCUGACACUGCCAGUCCCCUUAUAUUCUUGAUCAUCUUUCCUCUGGCCUUCACGAUGACGGCAUUUUACGUGUGGACUCUUCAAUCGAUCACCGCCACCCUGCAAACCCUUGAGAUUCGCCGUCAAAAUGUUAAAUCCUUGAUUCUUUGGGACAAAGUUGAAAGUUUUCCGGUAUUUACCCUUAACCUUGUUGUCCCCCCUUUUUUCCUUCUCACGUUUGCGAUGAGCGACGAAUUGACACAGGAUGACGAUAUGGAUCUGGAGAUUAACGUUCUUCGCGCUUCAGAGAACCUGGGCUACGAUCAGAUAAAAUAUCGCGGACAACAGGACAACGGUGAAACCGAGCGUUUGCACGAUGACAGCGAAUCCGCUAUAUUUGACAUCGGAGAUCAUGAGGAUGCCGACGAACUCACCAAAUGGGAUGACGAAGAAUCCACAGCGAGAGCAAGCAGAGGAGGCAGCUCCAGUAGUAACGAACAAUCCACGCAGAGGUUCAAUGACGACGAAAACGAUGCUCAUGUUGAACAGGAGAUCUCGAAAUUGAAUUAA